AUGGUCUUUCGAAGACCUUCCGAUACAUUUUCGAAAGACUUUCGAAGUGCUAUCAUUGAAGUGAUCGCAGAGGAAGCUGAACAGGCGGAUAUGUUGGGCGCUCGCAGGGUACAGUACGAUAAGUCUAUUCAAGAUGGCAGUGAACUCGUGAUCAGAACUUUGUGGGAUGCAGUGAUGAUGGAAGAAGAAGGGGAGGACUCGGAGGAUGCAGAGGAUAUGGAUGAGAAGAGAUGCGGCAGAGGUGGAAGGAGAGCCAGGAGAGGAUGUCCUUUUCAUCUGAAGGACGGGUUGGUCGAAACCUCUCGAAGUUUGAACACUGUUGGAACACCUUUCGAACACUUUUCGAAAGCAAUUUCGAAAGAUGCCAACUUUUAUCGAAAUGUCUUUCGAAGACAGCUUCGAAAGUUGCGUUUAAGGUUUUGA